AUGACAGAUCCGCUAAGCCCUUUUGAAGCUUUUGCAAUUUUCUGUGCUUUCACAAUUGGAGGAGGUAUUAUGGCUUUACCGAUGGCUAUGUCUCAAUCAGGCUGGUUGCUAAUUCCCCUUUCCUUCAUGAGCGCAAAUUUAUUGGAAAAUCCUAAUUUUUGCAAAAUUACCCUUUUCGCGCUUGUGCUCAUUUUUUUGAAAGCUUCUAUUCUAAAAUAUAUUUACUUUGCCAUCCAUUUCAAUUUUUUUUAAAUUUUGAACUUUCGAAAUCCGAAAAAAUAUAUCACAAAAAUUUACCUAAAACUUCUAACGGUCAAAAAACCACAAUCGCUACUAAAGGAAAAGUAAGCAUAAUUGUUCUCUGUGCUGCUUCUUAUUAUUUUUUUAGAAUCUACUCGUUUCUCAUUGGCUUGAUGAAACAAACAGCAAAAACCCAUAUGCACAUCGUGUAUUGUGAUCUCUACGGGCAAAUUUUUUCAUUAUGUAGUUCAGUCCUGAUCUCUGGGCACAUUUACUUUCUCCUAUGUCUUAUGAUAAUUCGUGAGAUGAAGCUAAUAAGGUUUCUUUUAAUCUGAACUCUCAACUACCUAGAAUUCUCCUGGCUAAGCUCGACAUUGGGAGAUCUAUAUAUUUUCAAACCAUGCACAGUUAUACUUUUGUGUUUUUUGUUAUGAUUAUGCGGGAGUUGUAGAGGAUUCAAAUCUUUUAGCUGAAUUCCAUUACUAAAUUUAGUUGUAUGGAUUUAUUUUAUACUGCUUGCUGUUAGAGACAUUUUAUUUAACGAUAAAAUCAAGACUUUAUCAGUUCCAGCUUAUAACUAUGAAGAGACUGACGAGAUUAUGUGAUGUGCCUUAGAAGCUUUUAAUUCUAUUCAGGGAUUCGCGCUAUUGUAUUUUGAUGUUCAAAAUGCUGACGUGACGAGAAAAAUAAUAAAAUAUGGAUUGUGGGCUGCUUUAAUUAUAUCUUCUUCUGCAGCUUGGCUGGGAUCUAGUUAUCACUUACUCUUCCUUCUUCUCUUUGAAAAAAAAACUCAAAUACUUAUUUUAAAAAAACUUAAUCCAUUUAAAUAUGAAUAAUGCUUAUAUAAACAUAAAUUAUAUAUUAAUUUAGAUUUCUAAGGAGUUAGGAAAUCUGAAUUGGCUGUCAAUGGCGCAUGUCGGUCUUGGCUCAAGCAACCUAAAUGAAACCCCUUUCAGCUGAUUGAUUUUCAUAGGCCUUGCUGCUUUAACUGUUUCAUUUUUUAUUUCAAUAAUGCUUGUGCUAAAUCAGGUUAGAACAUCAUUAGCACAUUUAAUAGACUACCAAGAAAAACAUUUUCACGAAGAAACUUAUAAUUGAAGUUUACCAUUAAAUCUCUUUAUAGUCUUACUGGGUGUUGGAGCUUUGAGUUUUACUUUUGAGAAUUAUCCUUUACUUAUUACAGUCAGAAGGAUAAUGCUUUUUAUAUUUUGUGUUUUUUAUCCUUAUUUAAUCUAUAUUAAAGAGGAUGGUCCAAAAUUAAGAAAGAUCCUAUACGGGCUCUUAAUAGCCCUAUUUUUGGUGUUUGUUCCCAACAUAGAAAUUGGAUUAAAGGCUCUUAUCUCAAAUGACAUGAAUAAAGAGCUAUAA